CUUUUACCAGAAAACGUUUCGGGGGCGAGUACUUCAGCGGAACACCAUUUUGCCCCCCUCCCCCCCAAAAAAAACAAAACAAAAAAACAUGAAGCAUGAACACAUUAAGGUAAAAAUGGAGGAUUUGUAAACAAUGGUACAUGUAUGCUGUACAUUAGGGUGCAUCAAAAAACACAAUUAUUGAAUUUUAAUAUGGCUGGGUACUAAAAGUAAACUAAAAAAAUAUAUAUGUCGAAACAACACAUAUUUAGGGGUGCCACCAUAAAUCUGUUUUUGUGGAAUAAAGUGGUGAACAGUUCAAUGGUCGCCAUGGAGAUUUGAGGUCAGCAAAGACUGCAGCUCAAGAACUCUCAUGUGAUCUUUAUGUUUUUGUUGGUAUUUAUACUCCUAUUACAUAUUACCAGCAAAUCUGUGUUUUUUUCUUUGUAAUUUGAAUGAUUUAUAGGUAUUUAGCGCUCAUUGUCUCUACUGUAGCUAACAUUUGUGGCUACAGUUUGCUAAUGACAGUUAGCUAAUAGCUGAGCAGGCAUAACAUCAACAACAGUAAUAUAGAGUAAACAGUAUUACUGAUGCCUCAUAUUUAUUGAGAGUAGUACUGUAGUCGUACAUAAUGUGAUAUACACUUGUCCAUGUAUUAUUUUAGGCACUGUUUAGUGCUCAUUGCCUCUACUGUAGCUAACAUUAGCUAGCUACAGUUUGCUAAUGACAGUUAGCUAAUAGCUGAGCAAGCAUAACAUCAACAACAGUAAUAUAGAGUAGACAGUAUUACUGAUGCCUCAUAUUUAUUGAGAGUAGUACUGUAGUCGUACAUAAUGUGAUAUACACUUGUCCAUGUAUUAUUUUAGGCACUGUUUAGUGCUCAUUGCCUCUACUGUAGCUAACAUUAGCUAGCUACAGUUUGCUAAUGACAGUUAGCUAAUAGCUGAGCAAGCAUAACAUGAACAACAGUAAUAUAGAGUAGACAGUAUUACUGAUGCCUCAUAUUUAUUGAGAGUAGUACUGUAGUCGUACAUAAUGUGAUAUACUCUUGUCCAUGUAUUAUUUUAGGCACUGUUUAGUACUCAUUGCCUCUACUGUAGCUAACAUUAGCUAGCUACAGUUUGCUAAUGACAGUUAGCUAAUAGCUGAGCAAGCAUAACAUCAACAACGGUAAUAUAGAGUAGACAGUAUUACUGAUGCCUCAUAUUUAUUGAGAGUAGUACUGUAGUCGUACAUAAUGUGAUACACACUUUUAUUUAUUUUAAUUCAAUUUAAAUUUAUUAUUUUAGGCACUGUGCAGCACAACCCACCAGCUCUCCUAAGAUGCUGCCCUCAACAACUAGUUCCUUUCAGACUAGCAGUCUCAGCUUGGUCUUUGGUCUGGGCCCCCUUUGAUGACCCUAUAGAAAAUGAUCCUGUAUACAAGUUCAUUGUACUCAACAUUUCCAGGUCAACUUUUUGGCAAUUAGACUAGAAAUUGCACAUUUUCCGAAAUUUUACAAAACGUUAUGUGUGAGGUGGCACCCCUAAAUCUCAAUGGAUUUCCUCAAAACUUUGCAAAAGACAUUUAGAAAACAUAAAAAAAAAUGUUUUUUAUUAGAAAAAAAUGGAAUGCCAGCCAAAUCGAUAUUAUGAUUUAUAAAUAUGUGAUUUAUAAAUAUUACUGACUGGUUAAAUGAGAUGUGAUUUUGUGUAAAAAAUAUUUUUUUUUAGGGAGGGAGAUUAAAAUUCGACCAAAACUUUGCACAUGUGCGAGUAUGCACCGCAUACAGAAGGUAUUAAUCAGUCAUGUGAUUAGAGGGAAAGCCCUGACUUACAGGGCGGUAGUCAUAGUAUUUUACGCCGUCACCGUGGUGUGUGUGCAGUUUGCGUUCCCUGACAGUCAACAAGUUCCCUUGCCAAGCCAACCAAACAGAGACACCAAGGAGUCAGUAGAAGAUCUCCAACCACACGCCCCGCUUCUUUUCCAACCUUGUCACAUGCUUCCAGAGGGGCAGUCGAGGCCGCGAGGGGAAUGCAAGAGGAGGGCAUGACCUCCUCUUGUCUGCACAUUCUUCCUUCUACGUUGUUAGUAAUUUGGGGGUCGUGGUACUUCAUUCACAAAGACAAAAUUAGUAUAUUGAGGUUGUUCAAUAACUCUUCUUUUUCUCUGUCGUGUCUGAACAAUGUUGGCCGCGAGGCACCAGGCCAACCGUGUUGCAACGUGUCCGCCAUAUGAUUCACUGCAAGAUCCGUGUACAUUGUCAUGACAGGCGACACACCCCAACAUGCGAACAUACUACUUUUGCACUGACACAGCCAAAGAGAUGGAGUCUUGGAUGAAAGUGAUGACAGACGCCGCCCUCGUGCACUCGGAGCCCGUCACAAGGUUGGACAAGCUAAGAGUGGAGCAGUGUGGACCUCGGGAGGUCAAUCAUGUGGCCAAUCACAAGCCGCCCUUGACACAGCCCGAAAUCGAGAACAACGAGCGCAACCGCGAGGUGGACCGCGAGCACUCGACAGCGGAGGACAGGAAGCAGCGCGAUGCCGAGCGCUACGGCUUCCAGACGGAUGGCGCGGACCCCGAUCGCCCCCUCACCAAGAUCAACAGUAUCAAACUGCAGCCUGCCCAGGCAGCGGCCGUCACGGUCAAAGCUGCGACACCACGAAGCCCCGCGGAGACAGACGGCUUACACCACAGCCCGCGGCUCAACGGAGCUUCUGAAGCGGGUCCCUCUGAUGGUGACGGCGUCCCCCAUCAGCGAAGUCCGAACUACGAGCCAGACCGGACGCUGAGCAGGACCAACUCCAUGCAGCAGCUGGAGCAGUGGGUUCGCACCCAAAGGGGACGCACCCAGGAUGACGACACCCGGAGCAUCACAUCGUACCAGACACUCCCGAGGAACAUGCCAAACCACCGGAUGCCCUACGUGCCUCGUUACGGCGACGGUUACCGCAGCAUGCCCAGAAACAGCAUGGCACAGCGGGACAGCAUCUGCAGCAUCUCGCCAUCGCUGUACGAGCAAGCCCUGGGUCCCCCGAUGGCCGAGAAACGCCGCUUCAUGCGCAACGAUACCAUGUGGCAGCUCUACGAGUGGCAGCAACGCCAGGCCUACACCAGGCCCGCACCGGGGACCUACGGGCACAUGUCCAGCCCCAAAACCAUGAUCAACCUCUCGGAGCACGCAGCGCCGAGCUUCUCCAUCCCGCCCUCACCCUCCCACGGAUCCCUGUCCACGUAUGGCGGCUACCCUCACGCUCGAUCCUACAACAUGAGCAGCGCCCGCUCGGAGAUGGCGUCUCCCGUCUACCAAAGAGACAUGAGCAUUGACAGACGGCAGAGGCAACAAAUGCACAAGUAUGCCUAUCCACCCGAUAGAAGGUCGAUGCCCGUAGGAAUUCCGGUCCAGACUAUCACCGCCCAGUCUCUCCAAGGCAAGACUCCUGAGGAACUGACUUUGCUUCUGAUAAAGCUGCGGCGGCAGCAGGCAGAGUUAAACAGUGUCCGGGAGCACACUCUAGCACAGCUUACGCAACUAAACAUGGAUGGCGACAACCCAAAGAAUGAUAUUCUGUCUCAUCAUCUCCAAAGGACUCUCUUGUAUUUGGACGCACAGAUGAAGGACAAUGACCCUUUAAUCAUCAUGACUCACACUUUGAUUGAGAACUCGGCCCCCAGGCCUCAACUUUACCAGCAACUCAGUCCUGAAGACCCCAGAGAGCGCCGCUACAUGCCGGAAGAGGGUGAUAUUGACGCCAAGCUGAGCCAGUUGUGUGAGCAGGAUAAAGUGGUGAGGACGCAUGAGGACAAACUCCAGCAGCUGUACAGAGAGAAGCACACGCUGGAGACGGCGCUGCUGUCGGCCAGCCAGGAGCUGGAGCUGGGCUCAGACGACCCGGCUUCCAUGCAGAGCGUCAUCCAGCAGAGAGACUUACUGCAGAGCGGCUUGCUCAGCACCUGCAGAGAGCUAUCCCGGGUCACAGCUGAGUUGGAGCGGUCGUGGAUGGACUAUGAUCAACUAGAAGGAGCGAUGAACGUGGCGAAGAGCGACUUGCUGGAGCAGCUUGAAGCGCUGAGAAGUACACAGACGGACCCCCCCAGCCAGCAGCACGUCCACAUUCAGAAGGAGCUGUGGAGGAUCCAGGAUGUGAUGGAGGCCCUCAAUAAGCACAAAGAGCAGAGACAGGCGGAUGCCAGCAUGGGCUUGUACGGGCCCAACUUCGGCAAGCAGAGAACUGAGGACGACGACGUGGUACCCCCACGGCCGCCUUUACCCCAGGCCUACGAGCCCCACCCCCCCACUUUGCCCCCCCAUGCUGGAGUUCGCUCAGCAUCCCUCCAAAGAACCGAGGAGAGGAAGGCUAAUCAGAGGAAUGGCACACACGGCGGGCCCGACUACCGACUGUACAAGAGCGAACCGGAGCUCACCACAGUGGCCGAAGUGGACGAGAGCAACGGAGAGGACAGAUCCGAACAACCUGCCGACCACCCUGCUAACAAAGGUAUAUCCUACCCGGUAGGCAUAGUUCCACCCAGAACCAGAUCCCCAGUGCCUGAAUCAUCCUCCAUCGCCUCCUAUGUUACCUUAAGGAAGAGUAAAAAGCCUGACUCCAGAACGGAGCGUCCACACAGCGCCGUGGAGCAUCAGCUCUGCGCUCUGGAGAGCGGGCGGCCCAGGAUGAGCGUGGAGGAGCAGCUGGAGAGGAUUCGCCGCCACCAGCAGGGUGCCCUGAAGGAGAAGAAGAAAGAUCUCCGGGUCCGUGGUAGCAGCGAGGAGAAUGCGCUGUCUCGUAGCAAUUCCUUCACGAAAGAAAACCACUUCCGCAAUAUGCAGUCCCAACAGAGGCGCCGAGAUGAGGUGAUGAGCACCGACAUUCUGGAGUUGGAGGCCUCGCUCAGGCAGCAGGAGGUGGUGAGGGAGCAGGAGACACCCGCUGAGGAGAUCGCACGCCUCAAAGAAGCCUCCAACUCCUUUAAUGUGGACCGAGAACUGUCUGUGCCUGACAAAGUGCUGAUACCCGAACGUUAUGUGGAGUCCGACCCCGAGGAGGCGCUGAGCCCCGAGCAGGAAGCUGACAAGCAGAGAAAAGUCGACCGCAUCAAAGCUCUCAUCGCCAAAAACAGCAUGCAGAAUGUGAUCCCCAACGUAGCUUUAAGCCCCGUGGAGACGGAAGAGGACGUCAGCCUCCAGGAGAAAGAGAAGAUCAUUAACAUCUCCUACGAGCUCGCAGCAGAAGCCUCCAAACGCAGCAAGCUGGUUGCAGUGAAAAGCCCGUCGUCGUCGUCAUCCUCCCCACCCCUCUCGCCGCCUCCUAACACCCCCCCUCUGCUCGCUGACGGGUCUCACUUCAUGUGUGUGUAGUAGCACCAGUAAGGGCUUUCAUCAUCAUCAUCAUCGACGUGUUUGUUGCAUGUGAUGCCUUUCUCUUUAAGACCAGACCAUGAACGCUGGACCAUGAUGGCUCUACAUCCUCCUGCGUCUACGCUUUGUGUCAUUUGCCCUCAUUUGGAAUCUUUCUCUCCUCAGCGCAAGCUCUGGCUUCAGUCAAAACCUACACAUGAAGGAAAUAAGAGCGGGGACAGACCCAAGGACAUGACCAUCUUGUCUCCCAAGGUCGUAACCCGACUUGUGUGUGAUCACUGUGACAUUUGAAGCACCGUUGACGUUGCUACCACCGACAGCGUGUCCUUCUCAUUGACCCGCCCCCCCCCACCACACUGGUUUUAUUCUUAUUUUUUCACCUUUCAUUACUUUCAUUUUAAAUUAUUUAUAUCAUUUAACAGCCUGUUUGAGCUUUUAGUUGAUUGAUGUCUUUAUUUUAACAUUUAACCAUUUCAUGUGGACACAUUUGUUGCUCCUGCAGAUGAAGAUGUUGGGAAUCAUUUCAAAUGAUGACACUCGCGUUGAAUGUUACGGCUUGAGCCACUCUUGGCUUUGUUUUGUGUUCAGAGAUAUAUUUAAAUUGAGAGAUGCAACGUGUACGUUUGGCUCUAUUUUAUAAUAGUUUUGUAGGCCCUAGGCCGGAGAACGAUGUAAGCACAUGUUCAAAGCAAUAAUGGAAGAGUUGCUGAAUCCGGCUUGCAUUUUUGUCUGUGUACAAAGUGUAAUUAAGAGGCUGACUAUGUAUAUAACGUUCUUGCUACGGCAGGAUGGGAGCAUGUAUCCAACCUGUGGUUACAUACUAAAUUUAAUUUACCAAUGUUAUAAUCCCAUCUGUUUUAUAUCACGAUAAAUAAAUGUUUUUGGUCUUUA